AUGUUGAAACAUCUUAUAUCAAAGCAUCAUAUUACCAGACGAUGUUACUCAACAGCAAAGCACCAUCUAAAGAGUGAAUUCCACAUCCAGCCUAAAUUAGACUUUACUCAAUUAGCAGAAAAUGCGUCGAUCAUUGAAAAGAACAUGGUCGACAGAAAUUACGAUACAAUUGACAUGGCACUAUUUACGCAGCUCAACCAGCAACGUUUGAAUCUAUACAAGCACCUUGUUUCACUUAAGACAAGACGCAACGAUCUCUCAUUAGCCACCAGAGCCACCUCAGUCAAAGAAGAGAGAGCAGAGCUUAUCCAGCAAGGAAAGCAAGUAAAGCAAGACAUCAAAUUAUGUGAGGAGCAAUUGAACCAAACAGAGACACAGCUGCUAGAGCAGGGCCUCAUGAUUCCAAACAAUACCCAUCGAAAUUCUCCUAUUGGAUCCGAAGAAAUGGCCCGUAUCAUCAAAGUAGUGGGAACACCCAUCGAAGCUAAGGGCAAAAAGGACCAUGUCACUAUAGCCACCAAGUUAAACAUGCUGGAUCUAGAGCAAGCUGCUGUCACAAGUGGAUCCAGUUUCUAUUAUCUACAAGGCAUGGGCGCAUUUCUAGAAUUAGCAUUGAUCCAGUAUGCAAUGCAUAAAGCGGCCAGCAGAGGUUUUUUGGGCGUCCUGACACCUGACAUUGUCCGAACACAAAUGGCUUAUGGAUGUGGAUUUCAGCCUCGUCGUGGAGAGAGCUCGCAAAUAUACGAUAUUGCUACAAAGUCGUCAGCAGACACUGGAUUAUGUUUAGCCGGCACUGCAGAGAUUCCAUUAGCUGGCAAGUUCGCCACAAAGCUGCUGAACGAACAAGAUUUGCCGCAAAAACUAGUUGGAUUUGGUCAUGCGUUCAGAACAGAGGCUGGUGGACGGGGAUUAGAGACAAAAGGUUUAUAUCGAGUGCAUCAGUUUUCCAAGGUGGAGCUAUUUGCUGUCACUACCCCGGAUCAAAGUGAGGAGAUGAUGGAAGAAAUCAGAUCGUUACAAGAGGAAAUGUUUACAGAGUUGGGCUUAUGCUUUAGAAUUCUGGAUAUGCCCACAGAGGAAUUAGGAGCAAGCGCCUAUAGAAAAUAUGACAUGGAAGCUUGGAUGCCGGGACGAGAGAAAUGGGGAGAGAUAUCAUCUACCUCCAACUGCACAGACUAUCAAUCUCGACGACUGUCAAUUCGUUAUAGGCCCAGAUAUCAGGUAGACAAGAAUACCCAAUUUUGCCACACAUUAAAUGGAACUGCCAUUGCAGUGCCUCGAGUCAUCAUCGCUGUACUGGAGACAUUCCAGCAAGAUGAUGGUUCUGUUCGCGUGCCUGAAGUACUGAGAAGAUGGAUUCCGGGAGAGCCAGAGUAUUUUACGCCCACGAGCAAGUAG